AUGGCGAAGACGGACGCGGCGUCGCCAUAUCGAUUCCUCCGUCCGCUCCGUCUCCAUCCCCUCCAUCACGCCAAGCUGUGGUACUUCUUCACGUUCUUGGGCUGGGGCUCCAUCACGCCGUUCCUCCCGCUGUUCUUCUCGCGCGCGUUCGGUCUCUCCCCGGACGAGAUCGGCUACGUGAACUGCACGCGGCCGCUCGUGGCGUUCGUGAUGAGCCCGCUGUGGGGCGCGCUGGUGGAUCACACGGGGUCCCACCGCGUCGUCCUCUUCGCGAAGAACGCGCUCCAAGGGAUCGGGUUCUUCAGCCUCAAGCUCAUCCCGAGGUCGUUCGCGGUCGUGUGGGCGUACACGGUCGCGCAGGAGAUGACGUGCUGCGCGAACAACGCCCUCGCGGACAGCGCGACCGGGCAGAUGUGCCGCCGCUUUAGUCGCAAAGUCCUUAAGGAACGGCGUUCACCACGCGAACGCGGUCGUAUGGGAACCAGUCACGACGACGUCUGCCCGUGGGGGGGGACGUCGUACGGCGCGCAGAGACUGUGGGGGGCGGUGGCGUGGGGCUUCGUCGCCGCGCCUUUGAUGGGCGCGACGCUGACGUACGCGCCGGAGCGCGUCGCGACGUGGGCGCCGUUCGCGUGUUCGCUGACGUCGCUGUGGAUCGCGGCGGUGGCGUCGUUGGGGAUGGAGUUUAAGAAGCCGGGGGGGUUGCGCGGCGCGGGGGGGAAGCGCGAGCGCGAGAUGACGACGACGACGACGAAGAAGAAGAAGAACGUCGACCUCCUCGCGAAGGAGGAGCCUUCGGCAUCGGCUUCGCCUUCGCCUUCGGUCGGGGGGGCGGCUGCGUCCGAGGCGACCGCGCGCGUCGUCGACGUUGGCGACGACGACGACGACGACGACGACGACGACGCCGACGACGCGGACCGGGCGGACCGCGCCGACGACGGAGCCACCGUGACGCGUAAAGUCGUCGACGCGUGCUUCGGACGACCCGCCGUGCUCGCGCGCUUGUCGCUCUUCUCGGUCAUGUCCGCGUCCAUGGCGGUCACGGACUCGUUCUUGUUCCUGUACCUCGACUCCAUGGGCGGCACGGAGCUCCUCAUGGGCGUGGCGCUGUGCUUCACGUGCCUGUCCGAGGUGGUCGUCUUCGCGAAGGAGGACUGGAUCAAGUCGCGCGUCGACACCGAGCGAAGCAUCGCGCUCGUGCUCGCGUGCUACGCGAUUCGGCAGCUGUUUUACUUCGGUGCGCAGUGUGCGCGCGUCGUCGUCGCGCCGCUUCUGCACGGCGUCACUUUCGGGUUGUACUGGUCCGUCGGCAACGCGUACGUGCACGAGGUCGCGCCCGUAGGUUGUAACGCCGCGGUCAUGGGCGUUUUCGGGGGGUUCGUGUCCCUGGGCGGGUUCUCCGGCGCGUUCUUCGGCGGGCUCGUGUUCAAACGCGUCGGCGGCGGCGUCCUGUUCGGCCUUCUCGGGUGCGUCAACGGCGCGUUGACGGCGGCGAUGACGUGGCACAUUCGCCGACGCGGACGCGGACGCGGACGCGGGGGCGGCGUCGGCGUCGGCGUCGGGGGUGGGUACGUCGCCGUGGGAGAGGACGGAUGA